AGUACCUUUGCAAUUGUUUACAAUUCACGUUGAACCAUGAUCGCUUCCUCAUCUGUACUUGUGAUCUUUCUGGGUAUUAUCCUCAUACUGUAUUUUAACACAACGAGGAAAGAUGAGGUGCUCAAUGUUCAUCUAAACUCAACAUAUGAUUAUAUUAUAAUUGGCGCAGGAUCUGCAGGUUCCGUAAUAGCCAAUCGUUUGUCUGAGGACUCUGGUGUCACGGUCUUAUUAAUAGAAGCUGGUGGUUCCGAAUAUGGUAAUGAUAAUAUUAAAAUACCAUUGAUUGGUGGAGGGCUGCAAAAGUCGUCAGCUGAUUGGAAUUAUCAAACGUUACCUCAGAAAAACAGUCAUUUUGCCAUGAAUGAGCAGAGGAGUUACUGGCCACGAGGACGAGUGUUAGGUGGAACUAGUUGUCUUAAUACUCUAGUAUAUCGCUAUCUUCGAUGA